GUCCAGCAGGCAAGAAAAGUUCGGCAAAAAACAAAGGGAACACACCAGCGAGAGGGAAGCCUAGGCCAGCAAGCGCCGCUACAAGUCGAGGUGGGGGGAAAAAGAAGACCGGCGUUUCGCCUUCAGCUAAGCCUGCUGUAAAGAAAAAAAGUGGUACACCGGGAGACACCAAUACGAUUAGUAAAAACGACCUAGUAGAUCGAAAGAAAGCGUCCGUCGGUGAAGGAGACGGGCCUUCAGUGACGCUGAGUGAAGUAGCCGUUCAUGUUGGUGGAGGCGCGGACGCUAGCAAAAAGCCUGCGCCCAAGGCUGGAUCAUCUUCUAAACCUGCAGCUGCUAGCCCAUCCUCUGGAACCCCUAGUUCGGAUAGUAGUGGUUCGUCUAGGGCGGAUUCGAGUCCUGCUGAUUCAUCUCCAGCACAAGUCAGUCCGAACGAAACGCAAACGACUAUAAGAGAUAAGGGAGCAUCAAAAAAACAUCAAGGUACUAGACCAGGAAGAGAACACGAUUUGGACGACAGUUCUAGCGCACCCGAUGGUCUAAAGUCUGAUGCAGAGCGUAAGGAGGCUACAGGGUUGAGCGCAGAGGAGGGACAUGCUGCGGCACGACGACGGGUGAACACGAGGCCAGCGGCUUUCUGGGCAAAAACACCAUUAGAAUACGGGCUCGAGACCUGUCGCGCAUAUAUGGCUGUUGCCGACAAAUUUCUUCGGGGAAAG